UUCAUCUCGUCCGUCCGGCCGGCGCAAAAGAACGCGUCCUUGCGCCCUGCCGCUCGACUCGGACAUUGACGACUCGUAAGGUUCAGUCAGAUAGGUUGCUUCUGCGGCCCCUGACCCGCGCUGCGCUGUGCUGCGCUACUUCACCACCUGCACCUACAGGCUACAGCCAGGCACAGGCACAGGCACACACUCACACACACACACACACACACGCGCGGGGCAGCCAUCCCGCACCCAGGCGGCCCAGCAAACCCCGGCGCCGCAUCCGUCCCCCUGCCCGCCAGUCGUCGUCGCAAACAAAAAAAAGUCAAUUUCUGGGUCUGCCAACCGUGCGUUCCAGCCUGCGACAAGGAACGACCCCCUUCCUUUCGGAUCCAACAAACAACACGCCCCCCCCCCCCCCCAGAUCCUCCUCAUCAAGGCGACCCCCCAAGGACAGGCCCAGGUGCAUCCCGUGCACGCAAAUCGCAGGACCUUGUUUUUGCCGUUGCGUUUGUUUUCUUUCGGAAGAGACUCGCUGUCAGGACCUGCCAUCUGUGGCGCACGCAUCCGCAUCGGGGGAGCAGCAAGCCCAUUGUUUGGCUGUGUUUGGCGUUGGCCCAACUCGGCUUCCUUUGAGAGGACUGGCCCGGGCCAGAAAAAAAAAAGAACCGGCCUCGCCUUUUCCCAUUCUUCCCUCCAACCCUCGAAAACUCCUGUCUUGUCCUGUCCUGUCUGCGAUCCAACAGACAGACGACGCAUCGUUCGGGCUCUGUUCCUCCACAUACGUACAUUCUACUUUCUGCCCAAGCGUUCCCUCCCUCGUUAGGCCGCACGCGCCACACCUGCCCUACGAGCGCUCCAACGACUUUCAUUUCUCGUCGGGCCUGGCGAGGAAUGAGCCAGUCCCGGCUCCAGCUCGCACCCCCCGGCGGCGACGCUGCUCAUGUCUCUGGCCGUCACGAGACUACUGAUCACGCAGCGUCACAGACAGAUCGAUACACCUUUUGGACCACCCCACCCCCAGACCUGCGCGGCAUCGUUCGACAGGAGCCCGUGUGUCAUUACCAGCGAGCGAGCUCGUGCCUACCACCACUACCAGGUCGGGCAGGGCAACGGUCGUCGUUGACGCUCAUGUGUAGCACUUAGCACCAUACUAUCCGUUGUCCACCCUGCCUGUAUACCAGGCCGUCGACUGGAAAAAAGGGCCACCUGCCCUUUUAAACCCCCGCCUCUCCUUCAUCCUGCGCUCGGCAGCCCAUCCAUAAAGGCGUCGAGCGCCAUGGCGGCAUCAACGGCCUCUGACGAAGCCGCCGCCGCCGCCGCCACGACAGCGGCACCGCAGCACGACGGCGGUGCAACGUUCGAGAUCUCGCCGCCCGCGACCACGAGCCCCGGUUCGCCGCCCAUACGCUCGGUCACCAACCGAGUCGCCACGCCGCUGAGCCUGUUCCUCGACUCGCCGUCGAGGCGGGGCGGAGCGAAGUCUAGCGGCGAGAAAACCACCGACAUCAGCGUCAGCGCCAGCGCCAGCGCUCACGGCUGCCUCAGCGGCGGCGGCGGCGAUGCACGCAAGCCGGGGGCGGACCUCUUCGCGACCAUGUCGCCCGCAGAGACGCCCGAGCCCGCUGUCUCGCCUGUUGUUGAUGCCGUGGCCGGGGGUCGCGGCGGGAAUGAUGACGAUUCUCGACGCUCGCAGGCCGUCGCUCAGCUCAUUUCGGCUCCGGGACCCAGUGCACGCGCCACCUGGGCCCAUGGAUACGAGCCACCACCGUCAGCCGCUGAGCCUCGGGACCGCCUCCCCCCGAUGACAAACACAAACGUUGACUCGCCCCCUGGCGACGGCGAGCAUCGCCCUCAUCCUCACCUUUAUCAAAAUCAACAGCAUCCCCUCUCCGACGCCCAACCCCUCCGCACUGCCAGCGUUAGGGCCGACACCAAGAUCGCCCACCCCAAGCCCAUCUCCACGCCCGUCUCGGUUGGGCAGCCAACCGCCGACCCCAAGCUCCGCACCGUCGCCUCGGUCGGCAGCAGCGUCGCCCAUCUCGAAGCCACCGCAGAGCGCCUAUCCAUGACGAGCUCCAUCGACGAUGCCAUCCGAGAAUUGCACGGGGAAUUGAAGCGGAGCGACAGCAGACGCUCCUCCCAUCUGGCCAGUGCCCGAGCCGCCUCGUCCGACGCCGCACACGACGCCCUCUACAACAGCGGCUCCGAGACCGCCUCCGUCGCCGGCCCCGUCAAGCGCCACCUCUCCACCUCGUCGUCCAUCGUCUCGACCAACAUCGCCGCUCGCCAGGGCGGCUACUCGCCCGCCGCCUUUGUCAUGUCACCCAACCACUCCCUCACGACGGGCCGCCUCCGCUCGGGCUCGCAGACCUCGGUGACCGGCCGACCCGACAUCGAUAUUGGCACGAUCCUCUCGCGGCACGGCCCUGGAAAGUCGUCGGUGAGAAGCGUCCGCUCUGCCAAGAUGUCUCUUGCCGAGAUUUCAGAGUCGGAGCCUGUGGCCCUGACCGGUGAGGCCCUGGAUGCGGCCGACAACGCGCCACCAAUCGAGGACCAGAUUGACGAGAGCGAGCUGCGGAUACCGCCCAUUGACGACGAUGUCCCGAGCACGGCCGCCUUUCAUGAAAUGCUGGGAGACAGCGUGUAUCAUAACGCACCCCAUAGCCAGCCCGGGCAGCAGUCUGCCAACGGAGUCGUCAGCCAGGACGGCGACCACGACGACCAGCGGCCAGCGACGUCCCAUUCGAACAACACCUUUCAACAGUGCCAAGACGCCUUUGUCGACUUCGACGGCGUGCACUGGGAGCCCGAGGUUGAGCAAGACCUGUACGUGCCCCCCGAUAUGGAGCCGGAGCUCCCGACCCCGCGUCCGCCACGCGUCCGGCCGCAGUCGUACCUGGACCCCGAAACGGGACAGCAGAUGCUGUACUACCCGGCCCGUGUCCCCGCCAUGCUCAACCUGCCCCCAAAGCUGUCCAGCCGACCCAAGGCGACGCAGCGGAACCAGCGGAGGUCCCAGGUCCUCUCCGCCAUGAUGGACCUUGGCGCGCAGCCGCCCCUGCCUCCGUCGCCCGAUAAGAGAGGCUCGACCUUUGAGCUCAACAACCUCACCAGGAAACCCGCGGCUCCCGAGCGGGCCUCAUUCCUCCCCGAUCCUGUCGAGGGCCAGCGCAACUCGUUUGACCUGUCGCACUUUGACUUUGCCGAUCACGAGGCCAAGUCGGAGAGCGGGGCGGACGAGAUGGCGGCUGAGCCUGAUGCGGCUGCAGACCAAGCGCGGCCAGUGUCUCACAGCGACGCCGAGAAGCGCAAGUCUCGGAUGUCUGCGCUGCUCAAGCUGCCCCCGCAGCUUCGGGCGAGCGCCUUCUUCGACCUGCCCCCGACCAAUGCCGUCGACGUCGAGAUCAAGGACGGGUCCGCCAUGGCCACGCUCGACAGCAUACUCGACGCCUCGGCCAAGGCGCCCGUCAACGCCUUCACCGAUCACCUCCACGGGGGCACGCUGGGACCCGAGGUGUACGGCAAGACCAAGAAGCACAAGGCUCGUCAGUCCACGGCGACCCUCACCGGGCUUGCGCCGCCGGCGCCGGAGCCCAAGAAGCGCUCGUCCUUUAUGUGGCUCGGCAAGCGCGCCACCAGCAGCCACAAGGAAGACGAGAAGAAGCGGCCGCAUACCGUGGCCGGCCCGGCCGACCUCGACCGGACAGAAGACUCUGGAGAGGCCGCCAACGGCAAGUCCACCGCGGGUGACAGCACGGACAAUGUAAUUCGCGUCGGUGCGGCAGACGAGAACGCCGAAGAGGGUUCGGAGCAAGAAGAAGUGGACGAAGAAGAGUACCACGGCCCGCCGACGACGCUCCUCGCCGAGCUCCAGUUGCGCAAGCAGGAGCAGCAGCAGCGGAAGAAGAACCUCGGUUCCGGCUUCGCCAACGGCAUGCACGCGACACUCCUCGAGAUGGACACGGUCGCAGAGCAACAGCGCAAAGAGCGCAACAAGAAGCGUGUCAACCUCGCCUGGGAGGAUCCCCUCGCCCACACUGGCGAGAACGGCUCCGACGACGAGGACGUGCCCCUGGCCGUCCUGGCGGCCAUGCAGCAAGGCGCCAAGAACAUGGCCGACCUCGAGCGGCCCAUGGGCCUCAUGGAGCGCCGCGAACUCGAAGACAACGAGCCGCUCAGCCACCGCCGCGCGCGCCUCCAGGGUCUGGAGCCCCCCACCGUGCUCCUGCCGAACCGCAUGAGCGUCAUGUCGUUCCCCGCCUUUAAUCGCGGCGCCCAGAACCGGUCUCCCUCGGCCAGGGGCCAUAGCCCUGCUCCAGAGGAGGAGGAGGUCGAGGGUGAGACGCUCGAAGAGCGGAGACUGCGCCUGACAGGGAAGGACAGCAGCAGCGAGCUCCCGCGGGCGCGCCCCGUCAGCAGCACCUUCUCUACCGAGCUCCUGAGCCAGUUCGGGGACCUAGACGACGCCAAAGACAAGGCUGCGGAGGGCAAGGGGGCCACGGCGCCGGCGCCGGCGAGUGGCGAGGAUGAGACCCUCGGGCAGCGCCGGCGACGAUUGCAGGCGGAGAAAGACGCCCGCGAACGCGAGAUGAGCUACGGCAACCUUGUUGGUGACGCGGAGCCAAAGGCCAGCAACCGCCUGAGCCUGGCCAACAUCCUCGCGGCCCACCCGCAGAAGGUCCCCGACGUGCACGCACAGGAGCAGGCCCAGCGAGCUGAGGACGCGCGCGGCGCCAUGGAGCGCGACGCCAAGCUGGCCGCCAUGCGCAAGCAGAUGCCGCAAACGCUCGAUGUGCCCGGCGUUGACCGGUCCGGGGGCUACAGAGGCGGAGCGUUCAAUGACGGGACAGGCGGCUCCAGCCUCCUAGUGGCCAAGAAUGCGUACGAGGCACAGCUGCAGGAGCAGAAAUUGCGCGCCGAGGAGGAGCAGCGCGCCGCCCGGUUGCGUGACGCCAAGAUGGCUGCCAUGCGGGAGCAGAUGCCCCAGACGCUCAACGUGCCUACGUUUGACCGGUCCGGCGGCUUCCGGGGCGGCGCCUACAACGACGGCAGCGGUGGCAUCGGGCUUCGCGGGGCGCGCUCGAGCCAGUCGCUCAAGGUGCCUGGCGUCGCCCAGCACGGUUUCGGCUCUCGGAACCGGUCCAGCGUGGUGGUCAACAGCGGCAGCAUGCUCGGCGGGCCGGUGCAGCAGCCGGUUUACAACGCCAUGGGCGGCAUGAAUGCCAUGGCGCCGUACAAUGGGCUCAACGCUAUGGGCUCCGUCAACAACCUGAGCGCCAUGGGUAGCUACGGCAACCUCAACGCCAUGGGCUCUUUCAACAACCUCCACGCCGCAGGCCCGUAUGGGAACGCCAACGGCAUGGGCUCCUACAGCAACAUGCACGCCAUGGGCGGCUUAUACAACGGCAACGCCGGCAUGAGCGUCUACGGCGGCAACAUGAUGGGCACGGGGAUGCAGAUGCCCAUGCAGAUGCCGAUGCCCACGAGCUCGGGGUCCGUGGACCGCGUGGAGCAGUGGCGCCGCAGCGUCCACCCGUGAGCAAGACUUGCAGCAUUGUAACCACCUUUUCUCUGUCUGGGCAGGGGCGAGAACGCAAUAGGAACUUGUUUUGAGUAGCGUGCGCAGUUAUUUGGCCCAAGCAUGGCGAGGCGCUGGACGACGGAUCACUUGGCAUUCAACAGGCAACAAUAUUUUUUUAAUAACACGGCGGGCUGCCUGACGCUAUCGGGUGGCACAAGGGGAUACAUAGAAGUCGGUGCACCGAAAUAUACAAGCUUAAAGCACUUCUCGUUGGUCUGUUCUACGUGAAGCAACGCUAUGAAUCCCAGCACCGAGUGCGGUUGGUUCGGCCGGCAGGGCAAUGUCUUGUACUCCCCUCUACGUGAAGGUUAAAAAA